AUGUCACAUCGACCAACUGGAUCGGGCGAGUUCAGAUCAUCACCACCUAAUCAUCGAUAUUCACAUUUAGAAGAGAAUCGAUCUUUACCAGUGCAUGCACCAGCACAUGUAUCCCCUGAUCGUCAUGAUUAUGAUACCGAUGAAACCUCUGUACCAUUACGAGAAGCUAUUUCACCUCUACCAUCUCCAUCUCCAUACCCUAAUCGUGACCAGUAUCCUCAUCAAAACGAGUAUUCACAUCCACACCAAUAUCAACAGCAGCCUUAUCCGCCACCUCCACCUGGACCAGGACAUAAUGUAGGAUAUGAGGACUCACCUGAUCCAAAUGCUUCUACCGUAUGGUCAGCAUAUGACAAGAUCGAUCCGGACAAUUAUUCAACUCCAUAUGAUACUAAAUCGAAAUCUUAUGAUAUAGAGGAAGAUGGUAUGAUAGUCAAAGAGAAAAAAAAGAAAAUACAAUCAACAGAGAUCAUAGCAACCACCAGUGCUAGAAGAUGGUGGAUCAGGAUAACAUGGAUGUUGACUUUUUGGGUACCAAGUUUCUUGUUAAUACAUGUGGGUAAGCUGAAAAGACAAGAUGUUAGAAUGGCAUGGAGAGAAAAACUGGCUAUCUUCAUAAUGAUUAUCUUUUCUUGUGGAGUCGUCCUGUUUUAUAUCAUCGUUUUCGGAAAGAUAUUAUGUCCGAACAGUGACAAAGCUUGGAAUACAAGUGAAUUAGCAACUCAUCAAGGUGAAGAUGAUUACAUGUCUGCUAUAGCUGGCAAAGUUUACGAUUUCACGAAGUUCUAUAAAGGGCAACAUUCCGAUUUCUCCUCUUACACUACAUCAGCCGAUGUCAUGCUGGAAUUCGCAGGUCAGGAUCUAACCGAUUAUUUUCCACCACCUAUGACAGUCGCUUGUCCUGGACUAGUGACUAACGAAGAUCUAACUUUAAUGAGAGCAAAUUUCACUCCGAUCGUAGCUUACGCCGUACACACUAGUGGAAAACUACAAACUAUAACGGGAACAAAGUUGGACGAUGACGAUUGGUAUACGAAUAGACUAAUACCUGAUCUCAAACAAUAUUAUAAGGGGAGUUACGUCUUUGACAAGGCCACCGUGGAGAGUGGAGCAAGCUCUGAUUCCAAACAAUGGGCAAUUUACAACAAGAAAGUGUACGACUUAUCCGAUUAUCUAUAUACGGAGCAGUAUUACUCCUCUUCAAGUGGAACCGGUUUACCUAAUUAUUCGUUUCUGAACGAGGAUAUAUCUGGUUUGUUCCAAUCGUCCGCAGGACAGGAUAUCACCAAGUCGAUGAAAGAGAUUUUAGCUAAAAUGUCAACGGAAGACGCUGCCAGCAAUCUCAACUGUCUUGAUCAAGCUUUCUAUGUUGGUCAAUUAGAUUUCAGGAAAGAAGCAAAAUGUCUUGUCCAGAACUACAUACUGCUCGCUUUUAGUAUAAUCAUUAUGGCUACCAUAGCUGCCAAAUUUUUGGCUGCACUACAAUUAGGCUCAAAAAGACAACCUGAAUUAUUGGACAAAUUCGUUAUCUGCCAAGUACCUUGUUACACUGAAGGAGAAGAAUCAUUGAAAAAAACUAUCGAUUCAUUGGCAGCUUUGAAAUAUGACGAUAAGAGGAAACUGAUUUUUAUCAUCUGCGAUGGUAAUAUUAUUGGUUCAGGUAAUAAUCGACCUACACCAAGAAUUGUCCUAGACUUAUUGGGUGUUGAUCCGAAACAUGAUCCAGAGCCACUGCUCUUCAAAUCUAUCGGUGAAGGUAGUAAGCAACUGAAUUAUGGAAAAAUCUAUAGUGGUCUAUACGAAUUCGAAGGUCAUGUGGUACCAUAUGUGGUAGUCAUCAAAGUCGGCAAACCAUCUGAAACCUCUAAACCAGGUAAUAGAGGUAAAAGAGAUUCACAGGUACUCCUCAUGCAGUACCUCAACAGAGUCCACUUUGAGGCACCAAUGUCGCCUUUGGAAUUGGAGAUCUACCAUCAAAUGAGAAACGUUAUUGGGAUAGAUCCUGCGUUCUACGAGUACAUCUUCCAGGUUGAUGCCGACACUACUGUUACCCCGGACUCCCUUAAUCGACUCAUUUCUUGCACGUCGGACGACCAAAAGAUCAUCGGUAUAUGCGGAGAGACCAAAGUGGCUAAUGAAAAAGAGUCUUUGACUACGAUGAUUCAGGUCUACGAGUACUAUAUCUCACAUCACUUGACUAAAGCUUUUGAAUCUCUAUUCGGUUCAGUGACAUGUCUACCGGGAUGUUUCUCAGUAUAUCGGAUCCGAACAGCAGAUAAAGGCCGUCCAGUAAUCAUAUCAUCUAUCGUUAUUGACGAGUACGCUGAACCGAAUGUCGACACAUUGCACAAGAAGAACCUUUUCUCUUUAGGUGAAGAUCGAUAUCUUACCACAUUAAUGAUGAAACAUUUCCCAACUAUGAAAAUGAAAUUCACUCCAGAUGCUGUAGCUCAUACAGUCGCACCAUCAAGGUGGAAUGUCUUAUUGUCACAACGAAGAAGAUGGAUCAAUUCGACUAUACACAAUUUGGUGGAAUUAUUGUUUCUACCUGAAAUGUGUGGAUUCUGCUUAUUCAGUAUGAGAUGGAUCGUAUUCUUAGAUUUACUAGGUACUAUCAUCCUCCCUGCUACAUGUGUUUAUCUCGUCUACCUGGUCGUCGUCGUAUCGACUCAUAAAGCUGCUGUACCUGUCAUCUCGCUAGCGAUGAUUGGCGCUGUCUACGGUCUUCAGGCAUUGAUUUUUAUCAUUAAAAGGGAGUUCAUGUUGGUGGGAUGGAUGAUAGUCUACAUUCUUGCAUUCCCGGUCUAUUCUGUAUUCCUACCUAUGUAUUCGUUCUGGUCCAUGGACGAUUUCAGCUGGGGUAAUACUCGUAAGGUGGUCGGUGAAGGUAAUCAAAAGACAGUCGUUUACGAAGAUGACGAGCCGUUCAAUGAGGGUAUGAUCCCGUACAGGACGUUCAAAGAAUACGAGGCCAACGCGUGGGAGACUGCUUCUCUCCAUUCGGAAAAAUCAAGAGGAACAACUCAAACAUCGGUAUCAAGGAACCUUCACCCAUAUCCUAUCUCCAACCGAGCGCCAUCGUUCCAUUCUUCAACAUCUGAAUUGCCUCCAGGAGCGGAUUACUGGCGAAAUUCCUCACCAUUGGGUCCUCAACAUUCUUCCCGAAAUUUACGUCAUGCAGAUUCCAAUCCUUCUUUAAGAGGUGGAUUCAAUCCCCGAGGCAGAGUCCAGUCCAUGGCGGGAAUGUCGAUGUGGGGUGCUGGAUCAAACUACGAUGGCAACCAAGGUCAAGGUAUAAAUCCUAUGAUGACUGGAAACGGAGGUUUCAUGGAUAAUAUGUCAAAUAGAGGAAGUGGAUUCUAUCCUCCUCCUAUGCCUCAACAACAGCCAUUCAACCAUGGCUCACCGAUGAUGAAUCCGAUGAUGAUGGGAAUGGGAAUGGGUUUACCUGGACACAUGUCACCCAUGUCAAUGAUGUCACCUCAUCCACCCAAUAUGAAUGUGAUGGGUAUGGGAGCACCUAGAAAUACAAUAAUGACAAAUCUGAAUGGAGCAGGUGGUGGUGGAGGGAUGAACCAAUCUAGGAUGUCGUCUUACUCAUUAGCAACUACGGCCAAUCCAUUAUACGGUGGACCAGUUGGAGGAGGAAGUGAAAAGGAUCAAUCUUUGGCAGGCUUGUCAAUUGAUCAAAGGGAUGAGAUCGAAGAUUCCGAUGUGUUGGAUAAAUUGAAAGGUUGGUUAGGUAAACAAGAUCUAAUGAAUGUAACGAAAAGACAAACUCGAGAAGCGAUUUAUACAUUAUUCCCGAAUGCUAAUCUACAGUCAAGAGCAGGAUGGUUGAACGAGAAUAUAGAUAAGAUAUUGAGUGAAUCAUAA